UCUCCCUUUUCAUUCGCUUUUUGGCUGUUUUCUGUGGCAGAAGCUUUGCGUGAGUUUUUGCUGUAAAUUUCGGUAGAUUUGUUCACCUUGUUCCUUGUUCGGAACCGUCGUCGUUACCACCGUCGUUCUCUACCGGAUUUAGGACACGCGGAAAUGCCUUGCUUUACUGUGAAAGUGAAAUGGGGAAAGGAAAACUUCCCGAACGUCGAGGUCAACACGGACGAGGAACCGAUGCUGUUCAAGGCCCAGCUGUACGCGCUGACCGGAGUGCAGCCGGAGCGGCAGAAGGUCCUCUGCAAGGGCAUCAACCUGAAGGACGACGAGUGGAACAUGCCCAUUAAGGAUGGAACCGUUUUGCUGCUGCUCGGGACGAGGGAGGAGGUUCCGCAGGAACCCGUUGAGAAGCCCAAGUUUAUCGAGGACAUGAACGAGAGUGAGCUGGCUACUGCUCUGGAACUUCCCGCCGGAUUGACGAACCUGGGCAACACGUGCUACAUGAACGCCACUCUGCAGUGUCUCAAGUCGGUGCGCGAGCUGCGCGAAGCGCUGAAAACCUUCCGCGAGGAUCCGAGCUCGGCCGGUUCAUCCGGGGGCGGCCCGUUGGCCGGCCUGGCUUCCCCAGGGGCGAUCACGACCUCGAUGCGGAACCUGUUUGACGAUAUGGAGCGCAGCGAUACGGUCACGCCGGUGCUGUUCCUCCAGCGGCUGCACAUUGCCUUCCCGAACUUUGCCCAGACGGGCGAGAACGGAACGUACCGGCAGCAGGACGCGAACGAGUGCUGGUCCGAGCUGCUCAAGAUGCUGCAGCAAAAGUUGCAGCCCUCGAAGGGAGAUUCGGACCAGGCGCUGAAGUACAGCUCGUUCAUUGACCAGUGGUUCGGGGGCUCGUUUGACGUGCAGAUGAGCUGCACCGAGGCGGAGGACGAACCCGUGAGCAAAUCCAAGGAGAAUUUCCUGCAGCUGAGCUGCUUCAUUUCGACCGAGGUCAAAUACAUGCAUUCGGGAAUUAAGUUGAGAUUGAAAGAGCAAUUGACAAAACAGUCACCGACGUUGGGACGGGACGCAGUCUACACGAAAACGUCCCUGAUCAGCCGACUGCCAGCCUACCUGACGGUGCAGUUCGUCCGGUUCCAGUACAAGGGCAAGGAGGGCAUCAACGCCAAGGUGCUCAAGGACAUCAAGUUCCCGAUCGACUUUGACGCGUUCGAGCUGUGCACGCCGGAGCUGCAGACCAAGCUGGCCCCGAUCCGGGCCAAGUACAAGGAGGUCGAGGACGCUGAGCUGGAGCGGAACCUGAAGGGAAAGCACAAGACCAAGGCCCAGCUCGAGACCGAAAAGCCCAAGACCAUUCCCCAGCCGUACUGCUUCGAGGAUGAUUUGGGCAGCAACAACAGCGGCUACUACACGCUGCAGGCCGUGCUGACGCACCAGGGCCGGUCCAGCUCGUCCGGUCAUUACGUGGGUUGGGUGCGCCAGAAGGGCGACCAGUGGAUCAAGUUUGACGACGAUUGCGUCUCGCCGGUGGACACGGAAGCGAUUCUGAAGCUGUCCGGUGGCGGUGACUGGCACUGCGCGUACGUGCUCGUGUACGGACCGAAAAUUCUGGAACUGCCCGUGGAUGACGAGGACAAGACUGCUACCGAGGGGGGCGGGGACAGUAAAGCUUCGGAAGAAAAGAUGGCUGUUGAUUAGGGAGGGGGAUCGUGAGAAAAAGAGAAGAUUGACGAGAAUGUGUAUGAUUUCGCGCGAUUUUGGUUUUGCCUGAUGUUUGUGUCUGCAAGUCGAUCGCGAGAGCUGGGUUGAUUUAUUAUUGGAAAAUUAUUUAAUGCGAAUGAGAUAAGCCGAACACAUUUUUUUUUAAAAUAAACUAAACAGCUAAUAAUUACA